AUGGAGGUGCUGCUGAGCUGGGCGGCGCUGGUGCUGCUGGGCGGUCUGUCGGGGGCUCUGUGGCUGCUGGCCGGGCCGAGGAGGAGGGGGAGGCAGAGGGGUCUGCCCCCCGGGCCGUCGCCUCUGCCGCUCGUGGGCAACCUGCUGCAGCUGGACCCCGGCGCCAUGCACCGCUCCCUCGAGCAGCUCAGCAAGAGAUACGGCCCUGUGUACACCAUCCAUCUCGGCUCUCUGCCCUGCGUGGUGCUCUGUGGCUACCAGGCCGUGAAGGAAGCCCUAGUGGACCAAGCCGAUGACUUCAGUGGCCGGGGAGCCUUCCCGGUAUUCGAUCGCUUCACUCGGGGCAACGGCAUUGCCUUCUCCAACGGGGAGAAGUGGAAGAUUCUGCGUCGCUUUGCCCUGCAGACUCUGAAGAAUUUUGGGAUGGGAAGGAGCAGCAUAGAGGAGCAGAUCCAAGAGGAGGCGCAGUGCCUGGUGCGAGAGUUCCAGAAGACUGGGGGGGCUCCCUUCAACCCCAUCAACCUUGUGUGCCGUGCCGUCUCCAACAUCAUCUGCGCCGUGGUUUUCGGCAAUCGCUUUGACUACGAAGACGCUGACUUUCUCAGCCUGCUGGACCACCUCAACGAGAACUUCAAGAUCAUGAGCUCCUUCUGGGGGGUGCUCUACAACAUCUUCCCCCGGCUCAUGGACCUUCUGCCGGGGCCCCAUCAGCAAAUCUUCUGCAACUUCGAGAAACUGAGACAGUUUAUCACUGAGCGCGUUCGCAGACACCAAGAGGCCCUCGACCCCAGCGCCCCGCGAGACUUCAUCGACUGCUUCCUGAUCCGCAUGGAGAAGGAGAAGGAAGCCCCGCUGAGCUACUUCCACACAGAGACGCUGGUGAUGACCACCCACAACCUGUUCUUUGGGGGCACCGAGACCACCAGCACCACCCUGCGGUACAGCUUCCUGAUCCUGAUGAAGUACCCCCAAGUGGCUGCUCAGGUCCACCAGGAGAUCGACCGAGUGAUUGGGCGUGAACGCGCCCCUUGCCUGGCAGACCGCACGCUCAUGCCCUACACGGAGGCUGUCCUCUGCGAGAUCCAGCGCUUCAUCUCCAUGCUGCCCAUGGGGUUGCCCCGUGCCGUCACUCAGGACACCCCAUUCCGGGACUUCCUGCUUCCCAAGGGCACCCAUGUGAUCCCACUGCUGAGUUCGGUGCACUUUGACCCCUCCCAGUUCAAGGACCCAAAUUCCUUCAACCCCGCCAACUUCCUGGAUGAAAACAACGCCUUCAGAAGCAGUGAUGCCUUCAUGCCCUUUGCUCCAGGGAAGCGGAUCUGCCUGGGAGCCGGCUUGGCCCGCAUGGAGAUCUUCCUCUUCCUCGCCACCCUCCUGCAGCACUUCACCUUCCGGCCGCUGGUCCCCCCUGCCGAGAUCGACCUGACCCCUCAGUGCACCGGCCUGGGCAACGUCCCGCCCCCUUUCGAGUUCCAGGUCCUCUCUCGCUCACCCUAGGAGGAAGGGGCUGGAGCCCCAC